UAUUGGAAUUUGCCGUUCGUCCCGACUUUAGUACAAUGCUAAAUAGUUUGUUUCUACUUAAGUGCGACUAUAGUUCAAAAGUAUAACUUAAUCCUAUUGCCCUGAGCACCACUAGUCGCCGCCGCUCUCCGCCUGCCUCCUCCCAGUUCAUCGGUUUAUGGAGCUUUCUGUUUCUCACCGUUUCCUCAAUUACUCCUUUUUGCCCCGAUCGGCUCACUGUAAACAGCGAUUCCAACUGCCGAACCACGUUCUGGUCCCGGUGAACCUUCAGCAUCGCAAGGUACAACUCUUCCCCACUUACCUCGCUACUCCUCCGAUGCACUCUACAGUUCCUCGUGCCUUUGAUGACAACAACGGUUCUCCCUCGGUAGCAACAACUCAGGGAGGAAGAAUUGGAGAAGUCAAGAGGGUUACCAAGGAGACGAAUGUGUACGUGAAGAUUAAUGUCGAUGGUAAUGCCGUGGCUGAGAAUAAUACGGGGAUUCCGUUUCUCGAUCACAUGUUAGAUCAACUUGCUUCACAUGGAUUAUUUGACGUGCAUGUGAAGGCCACUGGGGAUACUCAUAUUGAUGAUCACCAUACAAAUGAAGAUGUUGCCCUGGCCAUCGGAACAGCAUUAUUGCAAGCUCUUGGGGAUAGAAAAGGAAUCUACCGGUUUGGGGACUUCUCUGCCCCCCUCGAUGAGGCGCUUGUACAUGUUUCAUUGGAUUUAUCUGGAAGGCCACAUCUGAGUUAUGAUUUACAAAUUCCAACAGAGAGAGUUGGAACAUAUGACACACAGCUUGUGGAGCACUUCUUCCAGUCCUUGGUCAAUACCUCAGGAAUGACACUUCACAUACGACAGCUUGCUGGGAGAAAUUCUCACCACAUUAUAGAGGCAACCUUUAAGGCUUUUGCUAGGGCUCUUCGACAAGCAACAGAUUAUGAUCCUCGCCGCCGUGGAAGUGUGCCAAGCUCAAAAGGCGUCCUUUCACGCACUUGAUUCGUAAGUCAAGGCAGAAAUUGAAGCACCUCCUUCUCAUGCAUUGGAUAUCAGCCAGACUAUGAUCUGAUGCACUGACAUGAUAUAUGCAAAAGAUGAUGACUUUAAACAACCAUUUGAUGAAUGUACUUGUUUGUUUGGUGCUGAGAGAUACAGAGUGAGAACCUUUCUUUAUGCCUGUAAGCUGUAACAAAAAGUUUUUAAGUAUGACCAGAACUGUUCUGCAGAUUUUCGUUUGCAAAUUAUGAGGUAUUUCAAAUCUGAUGGUGUUGAAGGGCUGCGAGGUUCACAAAAUUCACAAAAUUCUGGUUCUUUCCCGAAGUUUGGUCUUUUGUAAAGUCUGAUUAUGUAAUGUUGUAUUAUGACUCAAUGGCUCAAUAAUGUUCUUUUUGGAGAGUGUUGAUCUUUUCC